AUGCUCCGCGUGCGCCUGCACGGCACCGACGGGCGGGCGAGGGCUGCUGGUGCGUGGCGGCGCGGUGAACGGAGGCGCACAGCCGGUGUGUGUGUGGGAAGGAAAGCAGCUCGCGGGGCUGGGUGGCGUGUGAGAGCAGCUGAAGGUGAAAUUAGUAUUGUUAUUACCUGCCUUUUUUGUUUUGUUUUGCUUCUCGUGGUCUUGCGGGCAUUUGUGAGGGCCAUGGGAACGCAUGCGUGGGUGUGCUCACGCGGGGCGUGCCGACACCUGCGCUUGGGCGGGCGGGGCGUGAACGAGGAAUGA